AUGUUAAACCUAGUUAUCGCGUCAGUAGUGCUCGCAAUACUUCUUCUAUCUUAUACUUCUACUACUUCUACUGAGGUGAGUGCGCAACGGUUUAUUUUGCCAACAUAUCGUCCACCGCCACGCAGACCUGUCAUCAUCAGAACAGUCCGCGACACGGAGUGUGAACACCCGAAAUGGCUCUACCAAGGAGACAUACCACGAGCACCAGCGACGGGAGAUCAUCCGGUGCUGCCACAUUAUAUCGAUGACGUCAAGAUUGACCCGAACAGACGAUAUGCCAGAAGCCUGGAUUCACCGAGUGCUAAGCGGUAUGGCAGAAACGUUGGUUCCUCCAGCACUGAUGAUGAAAAAGAGAUGCAAGACCUGCGAAACUGGCUUUUAGACUUACACUUGUGUUAA